UUUGAGCACAAGGAAGGAUGGAGGAGUUUCCGAUGUGUUGCUGCGCCUUUAGUCGAGUCUCAGACGAAACUAACUCACUUUAAAUAUUCGUCGUGUGUUUGUCAUGCAGAUUUAUAUUUACAUUGCCACGGCAGCUCAGGAUUUCAUCGCAGUUCUUUACUUUCUUCCUGCUGAGUUAAGUGUUAGCUAAACCAAGCUAACCCAAACUAACGAGCGCUGUAACUGGAAAUGCGCCCUCUUGCCUUUCAGCGUAAAAUACACAACACCACGUUCAGCGAUACACCUUUUAUUUUGACACUUAAAGAAGUUGGCUGAUGGUCCUUGUUUUUGUUGUGUCAUGCUUGACGCUGGUGCAACAACUAUAUUUGCUCGUAUCUUGCUACGUUGUAUUUUUCGUUCAAUCUGUGCGUUGAGUGGCUUCGAGACAUUUGGUAACGUAUUACUUUGACAGGCCUCCGUGUUUGCUGACACGGGUCACACGUUAGAGGUGUGUGCGCUUUUUUUAGGGGAGUCUUUCUGAAAGAGUUGUCGUUAGGCCUGUUCGGGGUUAUUUCCAUCACUGCCACUGGCUAACAAGUCCCUAAACAGAAAUGUCACUGGGGGAAUAUGAAAGACAUUUCGACUCGCUCAAUUCAGAAUUGGGCGGCGGGUCUGUGGUCAGUGAGCGAUCAGCCUUGGGCACAUAUAAUGGCGAAGAGGAGAAGUUGCAUUACAUUCCUAUCCGGAUCCUCGGGAGGGGGGCGUUUGGUGAAGCGAUUCUGUACAGAAGAACAGAGGACAACUCUCUGGUGGUAUGGAAGGAGGUGGACCUGAACUCGCUCUCCGAAAAGGAGCGCAAAGAUGUCAUGAACGAAAUCAGCAUCCUCUCCAUCCUGGAGCACAACAACAUCAUAGCCUACUUCAACCACUUCAUGGAUAAAAACACCUUGCUUAUUGAGUUGGAGUAUUGUAAUGGAGGGAAUCUGUACGACAAAAUCAACCACCAGAAUGGGAAACUGUUCAGUGAGGAGGUGGUCAUCUGGUACCUGUACCAAAUUGCGUCAGCAGUGUCCCACAUUCACAAGGCUGGGAUCUUACACAGAGACAUCAAAACUCUGAAUAUUUUCCUCACCAAGACUGACCUUAUCAAACUUGGUGACUAUGGCCUUGCAAAGAAGUUAGACUCUGAGUUUUCAAUGGCAGAGACUUGUGUGGGAACUCCAUAUUACAUGUCACCCGAAUUGUGCCAGGGGGCGAAGUACAACUUCAAAUCAGACAUUUGGGCCAUGGGCUGUGUACUUUUUGAAGUCUUGGCUCUUACAAGAACAUUUGAUGCAACGAACCCUCUGAACCUCUGUGUGAAAAUAGUCCAGGGCAACUGGACUAUGGAAGUGAACUCGGAGGUUUAUUCACCUGCACUGAUCAAACUGGUGUACGAGUGCCUCGAUCAAGAUCCUGCCAAGAGGCCUACAUCUGACCAGAUCCUGGACCAGCCAUUCAUCUCCUGCUGCAGACAGGAGCUUGAAGAACGAGUUGCCCUGCUGAAUUCAGCAAUGAAAAAACCAAAGCUGAGCACAGUGACUGACACCCCCGUUGCUGUGGUGACCACACGCUCCAGGGAGGUGUACUUCUGGGGGGGAGGGAAGUUCACCCCUCAGAAAAUUGACACUUUUAAAGGAGGCAGCAGUGCCCAACAUGUGUGUGCAGGGGAGAGUCACUUUGCAGUGGUGACAGUGGAAAAGGAACUGUAUACCUGGGCUAAUGUCCAAGGUGGAGCCAAGAUGGUGGGCCAGCUGGGGCAGGGAGACCAGGCCUCGUACCGGCAGCCAAGGAGGGUGGAGAGGCUACAGGGGAAGGCAAUACGGCAGGUGGCGUGUGGGGCUGACUUCACCGCCUGCAUCACCGAUGAGGACCAGAUGUACAUGUUUGGGUCUGACUAUUACGGCUGCAUUGGCGUGGAGGGUGAGCUCGGCAUGGAGAUUUUGGAGCCAGUGCUUCUGGAGUUUUUUGAGGAGAGGCCUGUUCGUCAGGUUUCAUGCGGGGACAACCAUGUGGUGGUCCUGACUCAGAAUGGGGACAUCUACUCCUGGGGCUGUGGAGAGUACGGGCGUCUCGGCCUGGAAUGUGAGGAUGACUUCUCUUCUCCGAUGCAAGUGACGAUCCCUAAAGGCGCUACCAUCUCCUCAGUGUCAUGUGCCAGCGAUGGAACCUUCUUUUUAACAGAAACUGGCAAAGUCCUGGCCUGUGGAAACAAUGAAUUCAACAAGCUUGGUCUGAAUCAGGGAAUCUGUGGUCUCAAAAACCACCCUGGAGAGCAGGGAUACCAGGGCAUCCCGUACAUCACCACGCUGACCUUGGUAAAGCAGCUGGCACGCUUCAAAAUUCAAACCAUAGCUCCAGGGAAGAGCCACACAGCUGCCAUUGAUGUACGUGGUCGCCUGAUCACCUUUGGCUGCAACAAGUAUGGGCAGCUGGGUGUGAAGGACUUCAAGAAACACCAGGGUGUCCAGCUCCUUGUCGGACCCUUUGGUGGAAAGACUGUGACCAAAGUGUCUUGUGGAGACGGCUUUACCAUCGCGGCAACUGAGGACAAUCACAUCUUUGCAUGGGGAAACGCAGGAAAUGGGCGACUUGGGAUGCCUGCUGACAAAGGGUUUGGUUCAGAGGUAUGCCCUGCCAUGCCAAGGCCUAUCUUUGGUUCCCUCCACCAUGUACCGGACCUCUCUUGCCGUGGUUGGCACACCAUUAUCAUUAUGGAGAAAGUGCUCAACUCCAAGACUAUUCGCUCCAACAGCAGUGGACUAUCAGUCGGUAGUGGACUGGGCCAGGAGGCAUCUACAUCCACAGUGGAUCUGGACAUGGAUCCUGGUUCAGAGACAGAGUGUCGUUUCAGGGGUCUUGGUGGCACAAUGGAGGAUAAUACAGAGGAGUGCUUCUUGGAGACCCCGAUGAUGUCACUGGCAAAUCAGACAGGGGACAGUUCCUGCCCCCUCUGGCUUAGAAAGGAGCUUGAGAAUGCAGAGUUCAUCCCAAUGCCAGAUGACCCCGAGCAAUUCAUUCCUGACCAGCUCGCUUCUUACUCCCAAAGUGUCACUCUACCAUAUGAGGAGCUGAAAGAGCUAACGGCUGCUGCAGCAGCAGCCAGCACUGAGAAAGGCCUAUCGACUAAGCGAAUGAGCUGUGAUAAAGUCAAUGGACUAGAGGACGCUGACGUCUGCAAAAAAGGGGAAUCAGGUGCAUGCUGCAAAGCGAGUAGUGAGAUCACAAAGCUGCAAGAGACGGUCGCUCGUCAGGAGAUGAGGAUCCAGAUGCUCGAGAAGCAGGUCACUGAGCAGCAGAAGGAGAACGAAAGGCUCUGGGCUGCAAUCAGUCGUUCAACGCCACGGGAACCAGGCUGUGACAAUAACAGAAACCAUCCCCUUGAUGCCCGUAUGCCCGGGGACGGAGGAGAGAGAGGAGGCGGAUUCACAAACCGACCUGCAGGGGCCAGCGUGUGAGACUGAACCUGCAGAUGUCCUGAUUAUGGGAGAAGUGUCAAAACUCUUAGCACAUAUUGACUUAAACAAGCCGGUCAGAUGUGCAGCAGAGGGUGCAGCCUUGUGCCAUUCACGGUGGUUACAUACGGUAUACAUGUUUAACAGAGCGCUAGGAUGCAUGAUGACAUUCUGUUACAGAAUACUGUAUAAUACCUUGCACACGUGUGUUCACCUGGGUGCAGUGAUCUAGCUAGUUUCUUCACAGACUGGAAUGUUGGCUGGAUUCAACAUGACGCGUCAGUCCUUGACACCCGUGAGAGACAAUCAUCAUAGUGUUACUCUGCAAUGUGAAUGUUAAGUUUAUGUUUUGGUGGUAUUUUUGACUUUAGGUGAUGUCAGCGUCGAGGCUUCAGUCCUUAGUGCCUCACGUUUUACAAAUAACAGGUAAAAUAUGGAAAACUAUGGAAACGGUUUGCUAAUGCCAAAGAUUAAGGUUUCCUCUUGUCAGUUGUUGAGUGAUGGGCCGCCAGGAUGUUGAUGAUGUGGCGCUGUCUCAUAUGAAAACAUACAUGUAUCACUUUAUUUUUAAUUAUUUUCAUUUCUUUUGAUAUUCCUAAAAAGUUAAAUGUGCCAAAUACAAAAUAUCCUAUAUUUAUCAGACAUGUUAGCUAUUACAAACAUAAUCUGAAUAUUUCAUGCAAAUAUAUAUGUUUUUUGUUUUGUUUUAAUUUGCAUGUUUUAUUGUUGUAUGAAAGUAUUUGUGUGAAACAUGAAACUACUGAUUCAUUUUUUAACAGCUAUAUUUAGUUACUUUUUCUUACUGCCUUCUUUGACUCUUGAAUCUUUGUUGGGGCAGCACACGUAGGUCUAUCCUCUUUGUGACAUGUAUGAACACUUGAACAGUUUUCCUUCGACGUGGAAGCAUUUCUGAUAUAGCUGAACUUGCAGCUAUAAUGUUUUCUCAGUGCAUUUUUUAACCUUUUUUUCUGUCUUUGGUACUUUCUGAACUUUUGUUUUGCUGUAUUUUGCAUCAUUUGUCAGAGCAAUUACAUUCUUUUUGUUUGUUUGUUUAAUGUCCAUUGGUUUAUUGUGCAAUUAUCACAUAUGUGUGUAUGUGUGUGUGUGUGUGUGUGUGUGUGUGUGUGUGUGUGUGUGUGUGUGUGUGUGUGUGUGUAAAACCCUUUGUCCUAGUUUUGAGCUGUCAGAUGUCUGCAUUAUAACACUGGCAGUAUAUUCAUGCAGUAAAAUGCAGUGUUAAAUGUAGCCAGAGUGCCUUAGCAAGCUAUUGAAACCAAAAUUAGUGCAAGUAUGACAAUGCUGUGCCUUCUGUGAAUAUUUUAUGCAGUGUGUCGACAGCAUUUAGAAAUAUGGUUUAUUUUUUUCAGCGGAUAACCAAAUAUUGUGGAGAUGUAACAGUUGUAUAAACAGUUAUCUCACAGUCACACUGUUGUUUCAUGCUUCGUGUAAAAGCCAUAAAUAAAACAGCUGUCUUUUGUCAUG